GUACGGCGUCAAGGAGGUUCCUUACUGCCUGAUGUACAUGGGAGGCAAGCAGGUCUACGCCAAGAGGCUCCAUGGCACUCGGAUGGCACCCCGAGCCGCGGCGGCUGCAAAGCCGAAGGUGCUUCUUGUGGAGCCCAACCCCGGGAACCAGCUGAAGCUGGAGAGGAACUUACGGCGGAAUGGCUAUGGAUCAGACCUGGCCAUGGACGGCAUGCAGGCCAGCCGGCUCGCUCAGCGACCCGAGGGCUAUGGGAUCUUGCUCAUCUCCUCGCUGACGCCUGCGGAUCAGCUCCGUUCCGUCUCCUACGCGAUACGGAGCCGGCAAAGAGCCGCCAUCAUUUUGGCCUUUGACUCCACUCUGCUGAGCGAGGAGGAGGCCGAAGAGCGGAAGCAGUUCCUGCAGGAGUGCUCCUACGUUUUCCCCUAUGGGCCCAGCUACACGGGUCUGGCUGCCGUUCUCGCCCGCUUCGACGUGACGCAUGCA